UUUGAAAACAUGCAUAUUUUUCAAUAUGUGGAAGUGUAAAAGCUUAAUACUGGUUUAAAUAAUGCUUAAUACUCAUCCAGAAAUUUUACAAAAUUUCUCAAUUAAAACCCCAGUAAUUAAAGUUAAUGUCUGCGUUGACUGGCAUCAUGUAGGUUUUCUAAAAAAAACAAACAAACAUUUAGCUCAAAACUAGUAAACAAUUACUUUGUUAUUUUUUAAAAAUAGAGCAUAGCGUUUCAGCCUCUGCUUGUUUAAUCGGCUCGUUUCAUUAAAAUUUCACGUUUACACUAGUAGAAUACUGGCUAUCGGUGUUCUGCAAUUGUGCUGUGGUACAAAAUUCACAACUUGAUUUUCCUAUCAUAUCUUUAAGUCGCAUGCCUGAAAGAUUGUGUUUUGGUCAAGUUUUAACUUUGUGUAUUUCCAUUUGUCUUGUCCAGUACCAAGAUGUGUUAUGUAUUGACGGAAUAGUGAUUCUGUUCGGGACCCAAUAUACUGUCCGUCAUUUUUUAAGUCAUGGAAAGUAGGUGAUAUGUUAGGUUUUAUUGAAAAAUCAAUAAAUGCGUAUAAAACAAUGUUUCUUUAAAAUACAUGCGCAUUUUAUCCCACGAUGCAUCUCAACAUCACGAUGAUAAAUACGUGACUCCUUCCUCAACAGGUAAAUUAAAGUAGCCUAUAGCAGAGUUGACAAGACUAUGCAUAUCACUGGGGCAAUGACUGAGUAAUAUGAUAGAUUUGUGCAUUAUCGCUUUACAGGCAUUGCAGGUCGCUCUACAUUGCAGAUGCAGUCCAUCCCCAAACGACGCAACCAACGUCACAUAAUUCAAGUUUGACAAAUAUCUGUUUGCGUACAGUGUAGACUACAAAACACCAGGCUACAGCGUGUGGCUGAAUGAUUUGGGUCGCUCGCUAAAAUUUGUUUCAUUUGAUCUCGCAUCAAUGGGUUGCGGUGGAAGCCGAGCAGAUGCCAUCGAACCGAGAUAUCAGGAAAGCUGGACCAGGGAGACGGAAUCGACAUGGCUCACCAGUACUGAUGCUGAGACCCCAAAUGGCGUUACCAGUAAGAUUCCUGCUGGGGAAUGUAGCGGUCCUUUGAAGGAGAACCCAAAACAAUCAGGCACAAGUGUGGAGGCUAGACCUUCUCUCUCUUUUAGAGAGAGAAGAAUGGUUAAUGCUGGCAUACAGUGUGAAACGCAGCCCUUGUCCUCGGGCAUCUGUACAGAUCAGCAACGAAGGUCCCACCGUAGCUGUUGUGUUGAGCAAACAAACGACCCAAAGUUGAGGCUUUCCAAGGAAAUGACGGUUCUCUCAAAGGAUAUUUCUCCCCGCAGGGAUGUAGCUGUGCACUCAGUAAAGCUAUGUGACGAACAUUCGUCCACGCAUUAAAAAUGAAGUAAGAUGGAA